ACUGAGUCAUUCUUACAGCCGGCCGGCAUUUCAUUCGCGAUACGUGUGUUCAGUCUGCCGUGUACUUCCGAGCUUUGCAGAGUUCUUCCGUUGUAUCUCCGUUACUUCCAGGAAUUUGUUUUUUUUCCUAUUUGGAGAGCUCGAAAUAGCCUGUCACCGCAAGUUCCAUAGUCCAGUGUCAAAGUCCGAAUCCGUCGUGUUUAGUGGUAAAUGUGGAUAGCCUAAAACCAGUGAUUCCAUUCAUUCGUGCUGGGAGAUUGCAGACUAGCCAACCAUGACUGCCGAACGCCAGCUGGACGUGAUAAUCUUCGGAGCCAGUGGAUUCACGGGUAAACACACAAUCUACCAGGGCAUUAAGCUGCUGGAAGGUCUCAAAUGGGGCAUAGCCGGUCGAAGCAAAGACAAGCUGACCAAAGUGCUCACAGAGGUGGAGAAGAAAGCCGACAAGGACUUAUCCGAAACGCCGAUCAUCGUAGCCGAUGUGAAGGAUCCGGAAUCGCUGAAGAAAAUGGCUGAACAGUGCAAGAUCGUUGUUAACUGCUGUGGACCUUAUCGCUUUUUCGGAGAGCCAGUGGUGAAGGCAUGCGUUGAAGCAGGCACACACCAUGUGGACGUUAGCGGAGAACCACAGUACAUGGAGCGCAUGCAGCUGCAGUACAACGAACAGGCACGCGAGAAGGGCGUUUACAUCGUAUCCGCCUGUGGCUUCGAUAGCAUUCCAGCCGAUCUGGGUACGGUGUUUCUCGAGAAACAAUUCGACGGAGUCGUCAACUCGGUGGAGACAUUUUUGGAGUCAUCUAACAAAUCUAAAUCCACCGGGGGCGCUGUUUUACACUACGGAACCUGGGAAUCGGCCAUCUACGGGCUGGCUCAUGCUAACGAGUUGCGUGAACUGAGAAGUCAGCUAUUCCAGACGCGCCUACCCAAUUUCCAGCCAAGACUGAAGGAUCGUCCACUGGUGCACAAGAGCAAAUUUGUGAACAAUCGCUGGUGCUUGCCGUUCCCUGGAUCCGAUCGAUCGGUUGUGCUACGUUCGCAAAGGUUCUUCUAUGACAACGAUAAGAAGCGACCGGUGCAGAUGAAGGCUUAUAUGGCAUUUGAUUCAAUCUUCCAUGUUAUAGCAGUCGCCCUGAUUGGUGCUAUUUUUGCACUUAUGACACGUACUAAGCUGGGAAGGCAGCUACUUUUGAAGUAUCCACGGUUCUUCUCGGUGGGCUUUGCCUCACACGAGGGUCCAACAGAAGAGGCUAUGGAGAACACCGAAUUUGCAAUUUCCUUCAAGGGCGAAGGUUGGAACAAGGAUGAAGAGAUGCUCGAACCAUCCGAUCAGUACAAGGUCCCCCCGAACAAAAAACUCAAAUGCAAGGUUUCCGGAACGAAUCCAGGCUACGGUGCUACUUGUGUAGCACUUCUGCUCUCAGCCAUUACCAUUCUGAAGGAAAGUGACAAAAUGCCAUUCACGGGAGGAGUUUACCCACCCGGAGCUGCCUUCUAUAAGACAAACCUGAUCGAAAAGCUUUGUGAGAAUGGAUUCAAGUUCGAAGUGUUGAAGGAUUGAGCAAACGGAAGUUGCACCAAUUUAUGCGCCCGGUGAGGCAAUUUUCACUUGCUGUAGGGAAUAAGAUUUGUCCAUUGUUUUUCUUCGGAGGAGAGAUAUAUUACAGCUGCGUGUAAGCAGCAGUACAUAAUUUAUUAACACAAUAUUCAUGUAUGCUUGUCAACGUUACUAAAUAAAAAACUGAGCUUUUAUCUUCUUAA